GUCAGCGAGCAGCGGCCACUGAAUCCAACAGUGACGAACGGAGGAUCACGGUGGAGCUUGGAUGUGAUUUUUAGGAGUUUGGGACAAUGUGGUGGAAGAGGGCGCCGCUCAUUGAUGCUGCCGGUCGGCCGCGGCAGACGUGACUUGAUAAAGUCCGCUGAAGUGAGCAGGACAAGCGCCUCUGGGAGAUGAACGUGCCCGGGAAGCAGCAGCCUCAGCCUAUCGAGCGACCUGCCAGCCUUUCCCUUCCCUGCACUUCGUUGAAGUCUGGAAUUGCUUUGCUAUACAAUGAGGAGACCAACAAUUCCUAUGACGUCUGCCUGAAACUGACCACAGAGGCGUUAACUAUACAAAAGCUGGAUGUGGUUUGCACAAGAGGAAGCCAAUCGCAAGUCAAUCACAGAACUGUAGUACUCCGAAGACAUGAUACAGGCGGUCUGGGCUUGAGCAUCAAAGGGGGUGUCGAGAAUAAUGUGCCUGUGGUGAUUUCCAAGAUUUUUGAAGAUCAAGUUGCCAAUCAGACAGGAAAGCUGUUCGUUGGUGAUGCUUUGUUAGAGGUCAAUGGGAUUAACGUGGAGCGUUGCACUCAUGAGCAAGUUGUUCACCUCUUGCGCACCGCCGGUGAUGAAGUCAUGAUCACUGUGCGAUAUCUGCGAGAAGUUCCAUCCUUUCUCAAACUGCCUCUAGGUUCUCCUGGGCCAUCUGGUGAUCACAGCGGUGAAUCCUCUUCCCUCUACGACUGCAGCUCAUAUUUAAACGGCAGCACAGCUUUAUCGCCACCUUCACCCUCAGCUAAUGAACCAAAGUAUGAGAAGCGCUGGCUGGAUGCCAUUUCCCUGCCCCUGUUGAUGGCCAGAGUCUCCAGAUACAAAGCUGGCCCAGAUGAAUUAAGGUCGAACUGUUUUGAAGUCUUUGCCUUGAAUGGAGCCAGGGCCAAUGUUUUCCAAUUUUGCACUGCAGCAGAAACUGCAGACUGGCUCCAAGCAAUAUCGACAAAGAUCAGUGACUUGACCCUAGAGAAUAUUAAGCUGGCAAACAAAUAUAGCUCUUCAGAUGAUCAGAUUGUUCACAUGGGCUGGGCUUGUGAAAGAGCAGAGCGCAAGGCUGCAACGUUCAAGUUCCUGGCACUGAGAGGACAGUAUUUUCAUAUCUUCAAAAGUCCACCGCUCAGCACUGCUGAAUGGGGUCAAGCAGAAACAAUAUAUAACCUCUAUGAGGUGCUUUUCAAGGUUCACAAGCUGUGGAUGACAGAGGAUUGCUGGCUACAGGCAAGACUCUACUUGGGUCUUGAGCAUUCACUUGAGCAGCAGGACAAUGAGUCUCUGUGCUUCAGCAUUCUCAUCGGCCAUGGGCAGAGCCACACCUUCAGAGCAGAGCUGGCCUCUGACCUGGCUGUCUGGGAGAAGUCCUUCCAAAGAGCUGUCUUCAUGGAAGUGCAGCGGGUACGAACGAAAAGCUACAUGUGCAGCAUCCAUGGGAAUACACUGUGCUUCACCAUAGAUUUUGAUUCAGGCUUUGUAUGUUUGGACGGAUCCUCAAAUAUGCUACUAUGGCGAUAUAAAUUCUCUCAGCUUAAAGGCUCCUCUGACGAUGGGAAAAACAGGGUAAAACUUCUUUUCAAGAAUGCUGAAAGCAAUCAAAUAGACACGAAGGAACUAGAGUUUGCUAAUCUAACGGCGGUCCUCCACUGUAUUCACUCUUUUAUUGCUGCCAAAGUGGAUGCUCUCUUUCCAUGCAAUCAAAGCUUGGGUGGAAAUUACAUGCACAUCUAAAAGGACAUGUUUUGCACAAUGUCAGGGGAGAAGAAAAUGCAGUUUUCAAAAUGUUUUGUUCACAAUAUGUGCUUCUGUCUCUUCAUAUCUUUCAUAUGUAUAACAUACACAAAUCUGACUGGAGCUGCACCCAUGAUGCUUGGUUCAUUGUCAUGUGUCGUACAUCAACACAUUGACACAAGAAAAAAAUAAAAUAAAAAUGAAAUUGGCGACAAAUGGACAAAAUGAAAAUCUCUAGUGAGAAACUGUUUUUUGUUGGCUUCGUCGAAGUUCCAUUUGUAUGUUUGCUUCUUUUUUUUUUUGGAAUCGAAUAAACCCAUUACAGUUGA